UUGUUGAAUUAGGAGGGCGCUGGCGGCGAGAUGAAGCCGGCGGCGGACGAGAUGUUCCCCGAGGGCCCCGGGCCCUACGUGGACCUGGACGAGGCAGGAGGUAGCACAGGGCUCCUGAUGGACUUGGCAGCCAACGAGAAGGCAGUUCACGCAGACUUUUUCAAUGAUUUUGAAGAUCUGUUUGAUGAUGAUGACAUCCAGUGAGACGCCAUCCAGGAGCACGUGUGCU